AUGGAAGGCCUCACUCAAAAUGAAAAGAUUAUAUGGAGCUCUUGGGAAUUGAAAUCUCCUAGAGAUGUGGUUCGAGAGGCAGCUGCCAAGGGGACCCACAUUAACUUGGCUAUUCAAUAUUUAAUGAAGAAAAAUGGAUGGAAUGAAUCUAUUGCUCAAGAUUGGUUUACGGCUGAGGUCAAGGCAUGGACAGUUCAACUGCUAAUGAGGAAGCAAAUUUUUAAAGUUCUCCAUAUUUUAAACAAAAUCAAUUUUAAUCCAGAGGAACACUUAAUGACAUUAGCACAGAGUGCUACUGAAAUUGUGUAUAGAGACUUCUUGGUUGAAAACUUGCUUAAAAUCUCAAAGGACAUGAAACCUGAGAACAUAUCUAGAUGGGAAGAUUUUCAAAGGCAUUGGCAUCUGCUGAGAUACCUGGAGAAGUCAUUUGAAGUUGAUGGGAAGUUCAAACAAAAUAAAGUGUUUGGACUAGGUACUGGCAGAGUAUUUGUCAAUGAGAGUGAAAUUAAAAGUUUAACCAUUGAAAAAAUUGAAAAGUAUCCCAGUGAUUGGAAGAACAAAAUUGCAACAGUGCUCUUCUUUGAAACCUUUGAAUUCUCUCUUCUGGAUUUUUCUUCACCCAACCAUGUGUGGCAAUAUUUAGUGGAUCAUAAUAAAGCCAUGAUUCUCGUCAGGUGGAUAAACGUGCAAAUGUCAGAGGUCGUAAGAGACAUGAAUUCACGGUACAUAUUUUUCAAUCAGGAAAACUUUGUUCAGAAACUCUUGAAUGUUGAUACAAAAGGUUUCGGUGUAGAAAUUCUGGAAAAUCUUGAUAAAAUCUUUCGCAAAUGGUCCAUAACUGAGGACAUGAUAAUAUUUGUUAUAAAAAGUAACUGUUUUGCUUAUACAAAAAUGUGUGUCUAUGAUACAUUGUCGUCCUACGGAAUAGUGAUUGAGGAGGAACGGAAGAAUUUAUUUCAAAUUGUGUCAAGAUUAGCUAGAACACAAAACCUAAAACUGAUUGACGAUGUUUUUUCUGAAUCUUGUGCGACAAUAACAAAUCAGGACUUUUAUUUGGAGCUAGCUAAGUAUUUUGUUAAGAACAAGUUGUAUAAAGCUCUAACAAUCUGCAUCGAUAGCCACAUGUUGGACAUGGAUUUAUCUAACGUUGAGGUGGAAGCUAGAGACUGCAUUGAACUGUGGUUGCUGUUCAAAAGUAUAGAACAGACUUCAGACAGACAGAGUCAUGUUGUGCCGGUGUACAAGACAUGUCAGCAGAUCGCCAAUAAAGAUAUUGACACUUACAUAUCCUCUAAUCCGCAAUUAUUCAUCGGAAUGAUUCUACUUGAAGAUUCUGCUAACUUAUUUGAUAUAUUUCUGAAAGAAGAGUUUUUAGAGUUCAAGGAUUUCAAACUACCGAAUAAAGGUUAUAAACACAAGUUACCCCACAUGUACAAUGUUUACAAGAAAUACUGUGAUGUUAACAACACAUAUGAAUGUAAAGAUGUAAAUGUCUAUCAACUACUUUCUGGCUAUCGAGGGUUGGAUAUCUCCAAGAUCUUUGAGUUUCAAUUGAUGAAUUUAAAUACUAACUAUGGCCUCGCUUAUAAAUCUGACCGACGAAGUUUGGGUAGUCUGUUGUCUAAAGACUAUGAUAUAAUGGAAUUGUUGACACAGCGAUCGAUCGAUAUGCCAGAUUUUGCAAACGAGAAGCUUAUGAAGAAAUACGGCUAUGAAGCUAAGUUGAACCAUGUUUAUUAUUUAAAACAGUACCGUCCCUGUAAUGCUAGCCAGGCAUUUGUCGCCCAACAAUACCAAACGUAUAAUCGACUUCAAGAUAAAAGUAUUAAGAGUGCAUGCUGUGAAGCCCACGCCUUGGCUCUGCAGAAUUGGUCGGAUCCAGCGAUGACAGCUUGUGCCAUUUCCUUUGUUGCCAUGAUAGGUUGCAACCCGACGAGGUGUAGAGUUCAUAUAUCAGCAGCGAAAAUGAUAAAACAAUACUUGAUGUCUCAUAAGGGUUACUCAGAAAUCGACGCUAAUAAACAAGUAACUGACUACAUGUCAAAGUUAGUCCAGAGCCAUGAGCAUACAGCCAAGAUUAUGCUCAAAUAUCUGGAGGAAAUAACGCUCGUGAAGUCCAGAAAAUUAAAGGAAACUGGCAGAACUGAUAUGUCAACGAUCCUCUUCGAAUCUCAAACCAUGGUCAAGUUUGCAAUAUUGCACAACCUGCCGCUGCCAGAAAUGCAGUUGCGCGAAUUCAUUCGCGAGAACUCGUGGUUCGAUUUCCUGCUUUUCGGAGACAUUUUUAGGUAUCCGUUGAAUCUCAUGCUUCAGUUGUCGCAAGAGUUUGAAAAGAAAUCGUAUGCUGAACAUUUGAAGCAUAUUAUGUUGCACAAGAGCGUGGAAGACGACAAGGAACACAAGUAUAUUUCAAGCAAUGGCCAGAGGCGGGCGACGAGAAUGAAUUCAGCUGAUAUUAGCCCCACACAAGGGACAAACUUUGAGUUUCCAUCUAACUCUGUGAUGGGUCGAGAGCUAUGGGAGGUGGCGGCUGCCUGUCACGGGCCUGAAGAUCCACCAGCAGCGCUGUUACGUGCUGCUGACUUGUAUAGGGAACCUCUGCUCGUGCUCAUCGCUAGUUGCUAUGAGCCAAACGCCGUGGAUAUAUUGUGGGCGCAUUGGAUAUUGGCAUCGAUAGACACGCGUACUUGCGACCGCCACGAUUUGCAGGCAGAGAUAACUGGCAAGCCUCCGUCAGAACUGUUUUUGAGGAUCGCUUCGUUAUGUUUAAUGGAAGGCUACAUCACCACCUUAUACGAGUCGACACUCAUCUUUAUGUCUGAUAACCCGUUAUCGCUUCUAUCGGAAUUUCUAUAUAGAAGCAUCAAAUUACAAACAUUUGACGGUGAAACCAGUAAUACUCUAGCCAAGUUCUUGCUUCAUUGCCAAAGAAAGUACAGCUCGGAUAACAGUAAUGGUUUCCCGUGGGAUCUAUCGACGCAUUCAAUUCAAAAUAUCGCCGUUGCACUCGUGAAGACAGCGCUGACCCAUAAUUUCGAGAGUGCGCACCAUCAGAAGGAGCUUCUGAAAUGUCUGGCCGAUGCUGACUUUGGAAAGUCCUUUAUAGGUUACUGUCCCAACUUCUCAACAAUGUACGAGAUAAUGAAACUAUCCAUGGAAACAUCCAGCAUCAUCAACAUAUCCAAGUUACUCGAAGACAACUCCGAUACUUAUCUCCUAGAAUGCCUCGACGCGUACAAGAACAAAUGCAACGACGUCGCUUUCAAAAUCGCCAAAAUGGCCGCACUACCCAUAGACGACAUAAUAGUCACGGAAUGGCGUCGUAAGAGCGAAGGCUUCCUAAAAGAUAUGGACAGAGAAAACCCCUUAUGCGAUGAAGACGUCGUGAAAUUCAUAGCUGACUGCAGUGGAGCUUUUAAGUCUACGGGCGUUACCUGCAGACGAGCGACCCAGUUCCUCCACUCGCUCGUCCAAAACAUUUCACAAGUCGGACAAAAGUUCUACGCGUACAGAAUUAUCAUGAGUUGGUUCGACGAACACCACGAGUACGGUCCAGCCCGCGAAGACACCGAACACAGCAUGUGGACCUGCUUCUUCCACUCGAAAAACCGGGACUCAAUUCUCCUGGACACUUAUGAGAGUACCCUGAACUUCACUCUGAGUUUACAGCGGAACGUUUGCAGAAAAUAUGGGACGGCUACCGAUCAGCCGUUUUGUAUGACGUUGCACGAGAUCGAAGUGGAGUCGGACGUCGGGAACAUUGAGAGGGUAGUCACUUUGGACGAUGAGGAUAUCGAUAUCUGGAGGAAGACUAUUAACCGGCUUCUAGAGAUGAAGUUAAUUGUGGAAGCGUUUCGUCUAUCGAAACUUUUCAAGGUGGCGGAUGAAUUUCUCUGCAGGUCAGCUUGUCCGGUGCAAAUAAUGAGAACAUGUUUAAAACUUGCUGAGGGCACUUGCACCCCAUACGAGUUACCGCAAGACCUUCGGUUGGUAAUUUCCUCGCCGACCCUGCAGCAUAAACUGUCAGUUUCAGAGACGUCAGACACGAGUUUCGAAGAACUAGUUGUAAUACAAGAGCGUCAAGACGACGGCAGCAUCCCACAUCUCGCUGUGCGGGAAGAGGCCGAUCGGCUGGCUGCGUUGGAUGCGCUCGCUGUUAAAAGUGGUCUCAGUAUUGUUAAGCAGAUUGCGAAUUACUUUCGCAUAGCGUUGCAAAUCGGGUGGGAUUACAUGUCGGUGUUAAAGUGUCACAACCGAGCCCUGGACUUCAUCAGCCUAGUCAGUGGAAAGUCACGGAUGACUUUGGCCAAUCUAGUCUUUCGGACGUUUAAUGUACCUACAAAGCAGAUCGCCGAAUAUCUCUGCAGGGAAAUGGUAUCCGCGGUUAUAUCGCCGCAUCUAGUCAAAACCUCAACCUUCCGACAGAAGGAGCAUUUUCAAUACACGCUCUGGGGUUACGUGCUAGAUUCGGAUAUAGAAAUGUUCCUCAAUAUGCGCCCGGAAGCUUGCAGCCACAUCGGCAGGUUGAUCCUGGACCAUUUGAUAGCGUUCCAGAAGAUUUACAAAGCGAGCAGCUCUAUUAAAAUACCAGAGAACAUCUUGGACGACAGCUGCCUGGAUGUGGAAACCCUGAUCGACGAAGAGUACCAGAACCUUGAUGGUGAUGAAAUCGAGUCGAUACUGACCGAGGAAGGGACGUUGAUGUCAGCGGAGACGGAGUCCAUGUUUUCGGUGUCCACGGUGUAUGCACCUGGAAACAAGAUGACUAAGGACACGCGGCGGAAUCUCUUUGAUGUUAUUUCUAAGAGCAACGUUCACAUACGCUACGAAGUCAAGUCGAGUAUACGAAAGAUCACUAAGGGGGCGAAGCUAUCGACGAAGCAGGUAAACACAAUAUCUAUAGAGCUGCUAGUACUGGCUCACGAGUGUUUUUCUUGCGCCUGCGACACAGAGGGCGUGGCCGUCGUGUUGCGGUCGGCGCAGGCGCUGGCGGCUAGGCUUCUAAGCGCUCGCUCAUGGCGACUCAUGGUGCGGCUGUUGACUGGGCUUGCGCGGUACACUGAGUGCGCGUACAUCUUACAGGCUCUGAGGGAGAACCAUCAGUUUGAAUACCUUCUGGGCCAGUUCGACUACAUGCUCGGUCAGAAGCAAGAUAAGAUAGCGGAAUUCAAACACGGGCUGCUGGACUUCCUGAAAACGCACUGUCCGGGAGACACGGACACUUACAUCAUGGUUGCAUUACACUUCAACAUGUUCGCGGAAGCCGCUAACGUCAAACGGAAGCAGGCGAUGGACUUGAUUGACGAUCUGGAGAAAAUGGCGACAGAUGGCGUCAAACUUACCAAGAAGUCUCCGCAACCCCUAUGGCCACAGAUACACGACAAUGUUCCGACUAGAACGAUGUUGGAGACGGCCCUUAAUCAUUGCAGUGACGCGGCAGAGUUUUACCUCCAGGGUGGUUGCACGGGGAGCGCUGGUGAGAUGGCAACUCUUGCGCAGCGUAUAGCAUUGCAGAUCUCGUUAUUGAAUGCGUCGCCUACUAGGCUUAUUUUGAAGAGGAGUACGGAACAAAUGUACGCGUUGGUCAGCGAGUAUUUGAGUUUCCUCGAAGGUCUAGUCCUACUGGCCGGAAGCACUGGAGAAACGUGGCGUGAACUGGCUUACAGACGCACUCUUAGCAACGACCAGGCUUAUCUAAGAGAUAUGGCAGUCUACAGACCAGACAUUGCGUAUGAUUUUAUCAAUAGAUACAAAUCAGAAAGCAAGAAAACAGCCGUCUCCCAAGCGGCCAUGACAGAACUUCGGAAUCUUCUUAGAUGA